AUGAUGUCCAAAAUGUUAGUGGCAUUUGUGUUCACUUGUCUACUUUAUGUUGGUUCUGCUCAACAAUCAACAGUUUCAGCACUUUUCGCUUUUGGAGACUCAAUAUUAGAUACUGGCAACAAUAAUCUUCUUGCAACUCUUACCAAGGUCAAUUUUUUCCCAUACGGUAGAGAUUUAGGUGGACUACCUACCGGAAGAUUUGGAAACGGGAGAGUUUUUUCAGAUAUGAUUGCCGAAGGUUUGGGAUUGAAGAAUCUCUUACCAGGAUAUCGUAAUCCAGCCCUCUCGAGCAACGAUCUAGUGACUGGUGUGUGUUUUGCAUCUGGUGGAUCUGGACUUGAUUCUAUCACUGCUAGGAUACAGGGGGUUAUAUGGGUGCAAGAUCAAGUGAGAGAUUUCCAAAACUACAUCACUAGACUAAACGGUGUAGUAGGAAGUCAAGAGAAAACAAAUGAAAUUAUAUCAAAUGCGGUUUAUUUAAUCUCAGCGGGGAAUAAUGAUAUUGCUAUUACAUAUUUCACUACGGUAACUAGAAGGUUACAAUACACUCUUCCAGCAUACACUGAUCUUCUAGUAACUUGGACUCGUGAUCUAAUAAAGAGUUUAUACGAUAUGGGUGCAAGAAAAUUUGCGGUUAUGGGAACACUACCGCUAGGUUGCUUACCGGGAGCAAGAAGCUCGAUUGCAAACUUAUUCAAAGUAUGUGAAGUGUUUUCAAAUCAAGCAGCUGCUAUGUUUAACCAGAAAUUAUCUGUUGAACUUGACAAUCUUGGCGCAACAUUUCCGGGUGCCAAAUUCAUGUACGUAGAUAUGUACAAUCCUCUUAUGGGUCUCAUCAACAACCCUCAAGCUUCAGGGUUCGUUGAUGAAGCUGAUGGAUGUUGUUGUACACCAACGUCUAUAAUGCCCUGCUUAGACGCGUCUAGUUACGUGUUUUGGGAUAUUGCCCAUCCGACCCAGAAGUCAUACCAAACGAUCACACCAAAUAUUAUUCAAGAUAUCAAAGCAAAGCUCGCAUGA